AUGUCAAAAAGCAAAUCAAAUUCUUGGCUGUCAUCUGUUUUAAAUAAUUUAUCAGGAUUUUGGUCAAAUUCACCAAAUGAUGCUUCACAAACUCCUUUUUCUCGGAUUUCGGAAUCAUCGAAUUCAUCGAAAUUAAAAACAGAAUUACCACUCGACACUUUCCGUUCAACUUCAUCAAAAUUUUCUCAUGAUUCUUCAAGCGAGGAACGGGAAUUCGAGCCAGUUAUUGACUGCGAUAUUGCUCCACCGUCGUCUGGAUGGGACAAAAUUGUAAAGAGUGAAUCUGUCCGAUAUUUAAAUCCAUCAUUGUUAAGAUCAUCCAGUUUAAACGAAGGAUCAAGGCAAAACGAGCGUAAACGAAAAUACGAUACUGUUUCUCAAAAUGCGGGAAGUGAACGGGUAUUCAAUGAUAAAAACGAUUCGCUUAUUGAUUCGCUUUUGUCAAAAAAUGUUGCGAAACGUAGCCGUUUUUCAGAAAAAUGUUUUCCUGAAACAAUUUUUGCAACGAAGCAGCCUGAUAUUAUUGCUCUAAAUAGUUCGAGGAUUUCUAAUCGGUUAUCAGUAUCAACAGUUGAUUAUUCCUCUAUGAGACAAGUACCUGCACCAAAAAGCUCAUCUUCAUCUCUCAGUAAUAGGACUAAAGCUAUUCUUGAACAACUCGAAAAGAUUAGUACACCGGUUAAGGAAGUGAGAAAAAUGCCAAUCGUUCGAUCAACGGAAAGAUGGGCCAGUGAUGUGAUAAAUUCACCUGUGCAAAAACCUCCUCGCCAUUCAUUAUGUGCACUUUCGCGCGCUCAAAUGAUAUCAGAUUCUCUGACAGUACCGGGCUCGCCAUAUUGGCGUCGACCGUUCAAAUCAAACCGUCAGGAAAAUUUAGAAGAGCGAAUGUUAGAUUUGGACAAUUCUAAGCAUCCUAUAGUGAAGCGUAUUCCUGGUACUCGCACAAUAGACAUUGGCGAUACAAUUAAUAUCUCAUUUGAUAAUAAUAUUGGAGCAAUCCCUGCUGUUGAAUCUUGUGAGAAUGAUGCUGGAAGGCCAAUUCCUGAAAAAUCAGAAGGAAUUCCUGAAGUUCGAAAGAAUAUUUUCUCAACAAAACUGAUUGAUCUUGAUGUUGACGUCGACCAUGUAGAUGAAUGUACCAGUAAUGGUAAUCAGAUUGAUCAGUCCACUCGCAACUCAUCAUUGAAUGGUGUCGCCCCAGCUGGCUUUCUUAACGAUAUUUUUACGUUUGCACCUCCUGUUCAAAGAGGACCUAGUUUUGUAAAAAAGGCCAUGGAAAUUGGAAACGAGUCGAAAAAUGCUGUCAGCUAUGAAGAAAAAGCCGUUAAUGCAUCUAUUGAAAAUGCAUUUGAAUCUUUCGAAAAAAAUUCAAAUGUCUCCACAACUAUUAGAAAAGAAAACACAGAACAAUCAAAUGCUGCAAUUCCAAAUGAUGAAAAAGAUUGCAAUAUUUCAAAGCCGAAUUUCGACAUAAACAAGGAUAAAAGUGGAACGGAGAAAACUGAAAAUUCAUAUAAGGAGAAAGAAAUAGUGGCUGUCAAUGUUUCCACUGAAGAGAAAUCUGAAUCCGGGGAAAAAAUUAACAUUACUGAAAAUUCUGAUAACAAGAAAGGUACGUGGUAUUGCAACGAGUGCUUUAUAUCUAAUGCUUCUGAAGCAGUUCGCUGUGCUGCAUGUAAUAGUGAUCGAACUGGUAAGAAGUCAAUAACAACAUUGCCAAAUAUUUUAGCGAAUCGAGAGUUUAAGCCUUCCGCACAAAUCAAUUCAGGUUUUUCUUUCGGAUUCCAGUCAUCAAAAGGACCAGUUGAAGAUAAUUUAGUAGUUUCAUCACCUUUUACUACAACAACCGCAUCAAAUGUAACGAAUGGUGAUGUCUCUUCGAACCAAAAUAUAUCGAGUAAUCCAGUAACUACUGAAACAACUCCAUGCUUCAAUCUUAAACCUGCCGUGUCUUGCCCUAUGUUCGGAAUUAAGGAUACAAAACCAAAUAUAAUUCCUGUUUUUGGCAAUUCAGAAAAACCAACAGAUUCUCUUUCAGUGGAGUCCACGAACAAGAUUUUUACUACUCAUGAAGUUUCCCAAGCAGAAAUGACUUCUGGGAUUUUUAAUUUCGGAAAUACAGUGAACACGACUAAUUUCAGCACUAAUAAUCAAGCAGGAGAGAAAUCUGCAUCUGUUAUUUUUGGCUGUGAUCAGUCCACAGGUAAAGUCAGUUCCACUGUCUUUGGUUCCAAACAGGAAAGUGAUAAUAGUGCCCUUGCUACUCAGGCGCCUUCUAUUAUUGGUUCUUCAUUAUUUGGUAUCAAUCAGUCUAAGAAAAUUGUACCAGCUUUUGGAUCGGAAAUUCCCUUCUCGGCUGCUGAUCAGUCUUCAUUGCUUGGGUCAUUUAAAAGUUCUGGUGAAAAAAUCAAUUCUUUAGUGAAUGCAGUGCAAUCCACAGUGACAUCGGUAUCUAAUCCGUCAUUUUCAUUCUUCGGCUCAGGUCCUUCUACAUCCACUGCAUCGUCUUUUAUUGACUCAGCCGCUUCAGUCUUGCCAUCGAUCUCACAGUCCGUUGUAAAACCAGAUGCCACUGUUUCAAAUGUGUCCUCAACCGAUAAAAUUGGUUCUUCUUUAUUUGGAAAUCCACAAGCUACUAGUAAUAAAAAUCUUUUCUCUUUUGGAGCCAAUAAUUCUGAUCCUUCAAAAGGACAGUCUUUUAUUUUCGGGUCAAAAUCAAAUGAAACAAAUUCUCAAAAUAAUAAUAGUUUUUCGUUUGGUCAGCCUAUUACCAACAUAUCAAAUUCAUUUACUAAUGCUGCAUCAGCAGUGAGUUCAGAAAAUUCGCCUAUGCAGGUAAAUAGUACUCCGGUUGAAAUGGUAUCGCCUGAUGGUUCAUCUAAAUCAUUCAAUUUGGGUGUCACUGACGCACAACAACAGUCUCAAUUUUUCACUUUUGGUCAAGUACCUACUACUUCGGCUACAUUAACCGGUUCGUUAUUUGGAGAGCAACAGGCCGUAAAUUCAUCCUUUCCAUUUGCAAAUACGAUGCCUUCCAAGGUGUUUAGUGCGCCAUCACUUAUUCCCGAGCAGCCAUCUGCCUUCAGUUUUGGUGCUUCGUCUGCUAAUGGAUCUUCUGGAUUUGCUUUUGGAUCUCCUAGUCAGCCGCCUGUUUUUAAUUUUGGUGGUUCUAACAAUACAGACGCUUUCCAGUUUCGUGCUGCGGCUCCUUCGGCAAAUACUCUCCCUUCAACAAAUUUUUUCAAUGUUGGGCCAACUUCUUCAACUGGUUCUCGCAAAAUUUUGCGAGCACGUCGCGUGCGGAAAUAA